GUCGUCGCAUCUCGUUGUGGUCUCACAGAAUGAGCACUCGCUCUCGUUGGAGAUGGUGAUCGAACUGAUGGAGGAGAGCAAGUCGCAUGGCGCCCUGGCCCUCCGAUUUGCGGCUGAGGUGUGGAGAGAGGAGCGUGUUCUGGAGCAGGCCCUCGAUGAGAUGACUCGGAUACUGGGUGAGGGAAGGGUGAAACGGCUGCAGCUGGUGGUGGAUCUGCGAUGGGUGCUCGACGAGGCUGUCCGCAGCUACGUCCUGCCUCAGCUUGCGACCACCAAGAUGACGAUGGAGACUGUGUGCGAGCAGGUAAUGUGCUCAGCCGGCUUGGUGCUCGACACCGAGUCGCUCCUUGCCGAGCACGCCGCCACCUUUGUCCUCUUUGGCCCUUCGCACCAUCAUCCCCAGCCGAACACCUUUGCCGACGCGUAUCCAUCCGAUGCGGCCGAGGACGCAUGGUGGGCCGAGGCACGAGACCAGGUUGCUGCUGCUGUUGCAGUCAAUGCGCGGGUCCGCGACGCGCCGUCAGCGUCCGACACUAUCUCCUUUGACGCACUGAUGGCCUCGUCCCGAACCAUCAACGCCGACACCGCCACCGCGCUCCACAACACAGCCACCGAGCUCUGGCUUUAUACAACCUCGGCAUCCACCACGGAGAAGGCACUGAGCUCGCUCCCGGUCACUGCCAUCAUCUCGUCGCGUCCGUUUGCCGCCUUGCAGCAGCUCGCCGCUCUCUCGCGAAUUGCUGCCUGACCCCUCGCCCCCACCCCCACCUCCCAAUGUCGCCC